UCUUCCACCAACAUGGGUUCCACCACAGAGUUCCCCCGCAUCAAGGAGAUUCGCACUUUCGUUAUUGAUGGUGUAGGCUCCGGCGGUGACUAUCACAAUGUCAAGGGUGGCCACUGGCUCAUCGACAGCAACAUUUCGACCCCCAUGACCAAGUGGGCACAGUAUCGUGGCUCGCGCACUUCAUGGGGUAUCAAUGUUCUGGGAUCCUUCUGUGUUGAGAUCGAGGCUACCGACGGCACCAAAGGCUUUGCGACUGGCUUCGGUGGCCCUCCUGCCUGCUGGCUGGUGCACCAGCAUUUUCAGCGCUUCCUGAUCGGCGCUGAUCCCCGUGACACCAACAACCUUUUCGAGAAGAUGUAUCGUGCCUCCAUGUUCUACGGCCGCAAGGGUCUCCCAGUCGCCGUGAUCUCGGUCAUUGAUCUGGCCCUGUGGGACUUGCAGGGUAAGAUCCGGAAUGAGCCUGUCUACAAGCUCAUUGGUGGAGCCACUCGGGAUCGUUUGGACUUCUACUGCACCGGUCCCCAGCCUGCGUCCGCCAAGGCCAUGGGAUUCACUGGUGCCAAGGUGGCCCUACCGCACGGCCCGGAUGAGGGCACCGAGGGUCUGCUGAAGAACGUCGAAUAUCUCCGUCUGCAACGUGCCAGCGUGGGACCCGAUUUCCCACUCCGUGUGGACUGCUACAUGUCAUUGACCGUUCCCUACACUAUCCAGCUCGUCAAGCGUUGUGAGGCUCUCGGCCUGGAUAUUGACUGGUGGGAGGAGUGUCUCUCUCCCGAUGACUUCGACGGCCACGCGCUCCUGAAGCGUGCCCACCCCACAGUCAAGUUCACCACCGGCGAGCACGAGUAUUCCCGCUAUGGCUUCCGCAAGCUGGUUGAGGGCCGUAACCUUGACAUCAUUCAGCCUGAUGUCAUGUGGGUUGGCGGUAUGACUGAGCUAUUGAAGGUGUCCGCCCUCGCCGCCGCAUAUGAUAUCCCCGUUAUCCCCCACGCCUCCGGCCCCUACUCCUACCACUUUGUUGUCUCCCAGUCCAACAGCCCCUUCCAAGAAUAUCUGGCCAACUCUCCCGAUGGCAAGACCGUUGAGCCGGUAUUCGGUAACCUCUUCCUGAACGAGCCCAUUCCUACCAACGGAUUCCUCGACGUUUCAAUUCUGGACAAGCCCGGAUUUGGCCUGGAGCUGAAUCCCGCUGCGCCUUUGAUCCCUGCCUCUGCCCUGCUUACCCCUGCUCCGCAGAAGAGCCUUCGCGCUCCUGAUGACAAAGUUGCUAAUGGCACUGUCGAAGAAGGCCAUUGA